GCGAGUAGCAGAGAUCCCCCCCCACAUCAUCAUCAACAAUUUGCCUCCCCCACAUCAUCAUCAACAGUAAAUGCCCACUAGUCACCUGAGCGUUUGCAGUUUUCGAUCUUUACUUUCAGUUGAUCUUACAGGAAGCGUGCUGUUUGCAAGAAUGGAAGCAUCUAAGGCAGUAUCACUGAGCUUUGAAUAUGUUGAUCCAACUGGAGGAGUAAAAGACAAGAAAAGUCCUGUCAUCUUUCUACAUGCUAUGCUCUGCUCAAAAGAAAUAUGGAGUGAUAUUCCUAAGACUGUAGCUAAUAUCACAGGCAGAAGAGUUUAUACUUAUGAUGCAAGGAAUCAUGGGAAGACUACACAUGCCAACGAGUCUGAUUUCAGCUUCAGUUUUAAUGUUGACGACCUCUUUCUAUUAAUGGAUGAAAUAAAAACACAAAUGCCAGAGCAAAAGCCAGAAAAAUUUGUUUUAGUAGGUCAUGAUAUGGGUGGAAUGACUGCCAUUCGAGCUGCUCUAAAAGAGCCUGCUAGAUUCGAGAUGGUAUUUAUAAUGGAAAUGUAUGCAAAGCCAGUAUCUAACGAACUCAUAAAACGUACGAAACAGUUCAUGACUACAUGGACAAAGUGCGUUCAAGAACUUCCAGAAGGUACCUUAAAAGAGGAUGUCACACGACUAAGCGUAGAAAAUCUAUAUGCGAAACUGGAACAGUGGAUGAAAGAGGAUAAGGAAAAGGCUUCCUACUUGAAGGGAACGUUUGAGUACAAGAAAACUGCAAAGGGUUGGGAUGCAUCUUACAACACAGAUGCUCUUGCCAAAGCUCUAGAAGACCUUGAGAAACACCAGAAAGAUUACCAGGGAGAGUAUGAUGGGCCUACUUAUUUCCUUUAUGGCACCGAAUCUCAUUAUAAAAUAAAUGAAACAAAGGAUUCCAUGAAGAAACACUUCCCAAAAGCUGAAUUGGUUCCGUUUGAGAAUGGAUCACACAUUUUUGUUGCUGACAUGCCUGCUGAACUGGCUAAGACAAUUGGCGAAAAACUAAACUCUGUCUAAAGUUUUUAAAUUUCGGUAGUUAUGCUGUUCGUUAAGAGAAGCUGAAAUGAUUUCAAUGUAUAAAUGUUUAAAUUUAUUAAACUAUAUCAUGUUUGAAGAUA